GGCAGCCUGCACCCUCGCACCGCCCAUGCGCCACGCCCUCCGGCCCUCCCUAGCUCCAUAUUGCUGGGAAGCGGGCUUGGGUGUGACGCUGCUUUCUUGUUCAGAAUGUCAUACCCAGGCUACCCCCCUACAGGCUACCCACCUUUCCCUGGAUACCCUCCUGCAGGUCAGGAGUCAUCUUUUCCCCCUGCGGGUCAGUAUCCGUACCCUAGUGGCUUUCCACCAAUGGGAGGAGGUGCUUACCCACCAGUACCAAGUGGUGGCUACUCGGGAGCUGGGGGCUACCCCACACCUGGAGGUUAUCCAUCCCCUGGGGGCUAUCCUGGACCCCUAAAUCCAGGGGGUGCUCCAGCCUAUCCUGGAGGCCAAGGCUUUGGGGCUCCACCCAGUGGAGCCGGCUUUUCUGGCUAUCCACAGCCACCUGCACAGUCUUAUGGCGGUGGACCAGCCCAGGUUCCAGUACCAGGUGGCUUUCCUGGAGGACAGAUGCCGUCUCAGUACCCUGGAGGACAGGCUCCCUACCCUAGCCAGCCUGCUGCGAUGACUCAGGGCACCCAAGGAACAAUCCGCCCAUCCUCCAACUUUGAUGCUAUGAGAGAUGCAGAAAUCCUCCGCAAAGCAAUGAAAGGGUUUGGGACAGACGAGCAAGCAAUUGUGGAUAUUGUGUCUAGCCGUUCCAAUGACCAGAGGCAACAAAUUAAAGCAGCUUUUAAGACCAUGUAUGGCAAGGAUUUAAUUAAAGAUCUCAAGUCAGAAUUGAGUGGGAAUAUCGAAGAACUAAUCCUUGCCCUGUUCAUGCCUUCUACAUAUUAUGAUGCCUGGAGUUUACGGAAAGCAAUGCAGGGGGCAGGAACUCAAGAGCGUGUAUUGAUAGAGAUUUUGUGCACAAGAACAAAUCAAGAAAUUCGAGACAUUGUUAGAUGUUAUCAGUUAGAAUUUGGACGAGACCUUGAGCAAGACAUUAGGUCAGAUACCUCAGGACAUUUUGAACGUCUCCUUGUGUCCAUGUCCCAGGGAAACCGUGACGAGAGCCAAAGUGUAAACCACCAGAUGGCCCAGGAGGAUGCUCAGCGUCUCUAUCAGGCUGGGGAGGGGAGGCUAGGCACAGACGAAUCCUGCUUCAACAUGAUCCUUGCCACAAGAAGCUUCCCUCAGCUGAAAGCCACCAUGGAGGCUUACUCCAGGAUGGCUAAUCGAGAUUUGCUAAGCAGUGUAAGCCGAGAAUUUUCUGGAUACGUUGAAAGUGGUUUGAAGACCAUCUUGCAGUGCGCCCUCAACCGCCCUGCCUUCUUUGCCGAACGACUCUACUAUUCCAUGAAAGGCGCUGGCACAGAUGACUCCACCCUGGUUAGGAUUGUGGUCACUCGAAGUGAGAUUGACCUUGUUCAGAUAAAACAGAUGUUCACCCACAUGUAUCAGAAGACCCUAAGCACAAUGAUUGCAAGUGACACGAGUGGAGAUUACAGGAAGCUGCUUCUGGCCAUUGUUGGCCAAUGAGAAGGAUUCUUUUUCCCUUUAAGGAAUGAAGCUCUUCAGGGCCUAUCCUUCCAAGCAAUGCGACCUGCAUGCAGCCAUGUCAGGCACCACUUGACCAGAGUAGUUUUUUACUGAGGACUGUCGGGGGUGUGUGCUGGGUUUGCACAUGUUGUUGCUGCCUUAAAUCUAAUGUUAGUUUUUUUUUUCUUUCUGUAUCCAGUCAGUGUAAAAGCCAUAUCAAUGACAUAGUAAUGUAAUAUUUGUUAAACUUCAUUCUCACUCCUCUUAUUUUAAUCCUUAUUUCAAAUUGAAUAAAAGUCACCAUAAUCUCUAA